UGAGCCAGAGAUCCAAAUUUUAAGCCUUACGGAUGGAAGAGGUUACCUUCUUCGUCACUGGAAGCGUGUAAAAAUAGUUGUUUUUCUUAUUUUCUGCUUAUGGUAUACAGGAAGUUGUUCUGAAGAUUUCUCUUCCAACAAUGUUAGAGGAUUGCAACUCAAGGUCCGUGCGCCGCCCACGUGGGCGUCUCGGAAUCCGCGGCUAACGGGAGCAGCGCGAGCCGGAGAUCCCUCGGGAAUGUGGAGGCUGGGAGACACCGGCGGCCCCCUGGGCGUGGCGUCUCCACCCAGCUCGCACCCCUUCCCUUCGGCCACGCACCGCGGAUCCAUCGGGACCGAUCUGCCGGGGUCUGACCCGGAUUACAUCAUGCAGCUGGUCAGUGACGUGCGACGGUUCGCCGACGUUCUGCUGCUGCUGAAGGAUGCCUUUCGUUCCAGAGAGAACCACGACUGUUUACAUGCCAUCGUCCACGACCGCCUGGGUGAGCUGCUACGGGUUCUUAAGGCUGUCAUCGGCAAGCACCAAACCCUCAACUCCGUUGACAUUCUCAGUGCGGCCGGAAUCGUCAUCGCCAAGGUCAAAGGCGUGAACUUCAAGGAUGUGAAUGAAGACAACAAAAAGCACAUUUUUGGCGAAAUAUACACCUCCAUUGACACCUUGGCAUUUACAUUUGGCAAUGUAGUGUCUGACUUCCUUAUGGGAGAUGUAGACAGUGGAUCAGUGUUGGGGGGGCCCCAGACGAGAAGCCGGGUGAGUGAGCGGCUGUCCUGUUUGGGCUCAGUGCCGUGCCCCCCUCCUCGGUGCGUCUGUGUGUGCGCCUCUUUCCUUUUUUUCCAGCAUGUAAUGUUUUUCCGCAAACAGCCCUGCCCUCUGCCUUUCGUGCCCUUUUCAACGGGCACAAUGUUUCCAUUGUCGCUUCCCGUGUAUUUCGAGUACAUGCCAUUUAGAGAAAUUUACACCUCUGCCUUCAACAACGACUAUGAAUACGGCCAGCUCCUGCUGCAGACCGCAGCUGCUCUGCAGGCCAACAAAUUCAUCCAGCCCCUGCUGGCCCGAAGGAACGAACUGGACAAACGCAGGAAGGAGAUAAAGGAUCAGUGGCAGAAGGAACAGAAGAAACUGCAGGAGGCGGACAGCGCACUGCGUAAGGCCAGGGCGCUGCAGGGCCAGCGCAGGGAGGAGUACGAGAAGGCUCACUGCUCCACCAGCCGCAUGGAGGAGGAGGCCCCACAGGCCGGGGGCAAGCAGCUGGAGAAGAAGAGGAGGCUGGAAGAGGAGGCACUGCAGAAGGCCGAGGAGGCUAACGACCAGUACAAGGCCUGUGUCGCUGACCUCGGGAUGAAGAAGCAGGAUGCAGCCAACACCAAAAGCGAGAUUCUGGCGCAGGUGCACGACCUGGUGUUCCAGUGCGACCUGACGCUGAAAGCGGUCACUGUGAACUGGUUCCAGAUGCAGCAAGCGCAAGCGGUGUCCCUCCCUGUCAACCACCAGGCCCUGUGCGAGAGCGCCAAGCGCUACGAACCGGGCCGCCGUUACGCCGAGUUCGUGCAGAGUCUGUCCCGGGACCGGCUGCGGCCCGGCUGCUUCUCCUCGGAUGCCCCCCAGAACUCGGGGGUACCCUUCGGGAAGCGCUCGGCGGGGAGUGUCCACUCCUCGCAUGGCAAUCUGUCGCAGAUGUCCAUCACGUCAAGUGACUUCCAGAGCACGGAGGAGGUGGACAGCCCCGGCCACACACGGGCGGAGAAGGCGGGCGAGGGACGCGCCAACAGCAGCGCUGACAUCCAAGCGCUGAGGACGCAGGGUCCCCUGCGGGGGUGGAGCACAGGCGGCCAGGGCGGUGGCAUGUGCAGCGACUCGGAAAGCGCAGGGGGCAGCAGCGAGUCCCGCUCCAUGGACUCGCCGACCGCCAGCCCAGGCGACUUUAAGAGGAGGCUGCCCCGAACUCCCUCCACGGGCACCAUGUCUUCUGCGGAUGACCUGGACGAGAGAGAGCCCCCCUCCCCUUCAGACAACGGCCUUGGUGAGAUGGUAAUGGAGACAGCCAGCUCCCCUGGGCCUUUCCGGAACGCCCAGAUGUCCAAGGCGGCCCAGACGCACAAACUCCGCAAGCUCCGUGCCCCGUCCAAGUGCCGCGAGUGUGACAGCUUGGUGGUGUUCCAUGGGGCCGAGUGCGAGGAGUGCUCUCUGGCCUGUCACAAGAAGUGCCUGGAGACACUGGCCAUCCAGUGCGGCCACAAGAAGCUCCAAGGGAAACUGCACCUCUUCGGCGUGGACUUUGCGCUGGCCGCCAAGAGCGACCGCCAUGGCGUCCCGUUCAUCAUCAAGAAGUGCACCUCAGAGAUCGAGAACCGUGCUCUCGGCACCAAGGGUAUCUACCGGGUAAAUGGUGCGAAGUCGCGGGUGGAGAAGCUCUGUCAGGCUUUUGAAAAUGGCAAGGACCUGGUUGAGCUCUCUGACCAUUACCCACACGACAUCAGCAACGUGCUCAAACUGUACCUUCGACAGCUUCCUGAGCCCCUGAUCCUCUUCCGUUUCUAUAACGACUUCAUCGGCCUGGCCAAGGAGAGCCAGAGCGCCAUCCUAGAUGAGGUGGAUGCCGCCCGGUCCCGGCCUGCGGGUGACACGCCCCAGCUAAGCGUCGAGCUCAACCGGGUGCUCUUCAAGAUCCGCGAUUUGCUCCGGCAGCUGCCACUGGCUCACUACCGCACCCUACAGUACCUGAUCGGGCACCUAAACAGAGUGACGGAGAAAGCAGAUGAGAACAAGAUGACUGCUAGCAACCUGGGGAUCAUUUUUGGCCCGACGCUGAUCAAGCCGCGGCAGACGGACGCCGAGGUUUCGCUCUCCUCUCUGGUGGACUAUCCGUACCAGGCCCUCAUCGUGGAGCUUCUCAUCACGCACUAUGGCAAGAUCUUCGACACACCACUGAGCCCCAUGUCUCCUACGCCCACUGGCUCUCUGCUGGCCCUCAGGGGCCCAGAGGUCCUGGCGAGCUCAGAGGAGCCACAUCUGAGUCACCACUCCAAGUCUUUGGUUGACAUCAAGGAGCAGAGCUCGAAAGCGUACAAAAGGCACUCCUCUAUAAUUCCUACCUUCCGUUCGGUGGAUGAGGUGAAGGACACUAAGCCCAGACUGGAAGGCGGUGAUUAUGCACCUGCUGUGGUCACGUCUUCGGCAAAAUUCAACGGUGCUCCUGGUCCAGCUGUGCCGGAAAUCCACCGGACGAUGCUAGUGCUGGAGAAGCAGCACAUCAGCACAGCGCGGGUGCAGCUGAGGGCGCCUCGGAGCAAGCCGGUCAGCCGCCCCGUCAGCAUGCCGGUGGAGAGGCUGCUGGGCCCCAGCCAGGUACUCGAGAGGAACAACAAGAACAGCUCGCAGCGCGAGAGGAGCCCCGCUAUCCAGGAGGCACCGGAGCCAGAAAAGCCGGGCAACAGGGUCAGCUCCUACUACCGGAGCCCCUAUAUCGAUACCCAGACCCUGCGCAAGACCUGGGACAAGCAGUACAAGCAUUACGACAUCACUCCGCGGACCGCCAUGAUCAUGGCCAACAUUCCCACGGAUGGCAGCGCUGGGGAUUCGGGGAAUUUGUCCACCUCGCUCCCAGCCACCACAUUCUCGAUGCCCGAGAGGACCGGAAGGACCUUGCGGAGGCAGAACAACCUUAGCGAGCCCUGCCCAGGGAGCGGGAACGUCAUCAGGCCCCCCCGGACUUUGCGGCCCCCACCCGGGACAUUUUAUAAACCUCCCCCAAGCCAAAAGGCCAAGCCGGCAGAGCUAGAGGCUCGACGGUGCAGUGAACCUGCCAGCAUCCCAAUAGACGCCGGGCCAUCACAGGGCUUGGAGACGCAGAUGGGGGUGGGGUCAGAGGCGGGGCUACAGAGGAGGGUGUCUGCGGAUGAGCCAAUGGAAUCGGAGCCUGCUGCCUCCCAGCCCCACUCACAGCCACAGUCCCCCAUUUCCGGACCCGAGGACCAGAGCGUGAGUGAGGCCAAACCCGUCUUCCAGAGACUCAGGACCCGCCGUGUGCCGGAAUUUGAACACAGGGAAGCGCACUUCGUGUGAUGGCUGAGCCGGAUUCCUGCGUGCACCUGUACAUACGCAGGUUUCUGUGCUUUUUUUGUAUAUAAGAAAUCCCAUCUCUUUAAGAGGGAGAAGAAAAUUUCAAAGAACUGUGAAAAUUAACCACGGGAGUGUUACUUGUAUUAAUAUAUUUUGCGUUCUGUUGGGUAGGGCUGGAAAUGGGAGGGUCCCGGACUUUAAAACGGAUGCACUUGGCACACGUUUUAAAUUGUGGCUGUGGCUUCCUCCUAAAAAGUGGUCUAAACAGAACCUUAGACCCAGUACCCUGUGAAAUCUGAGUGUCAUUCUGCCAGUUUUUUAGAGAACAAGGUGAUUGAUGCUUUGUGGAGAGGCAUGCGUGCAUGCGUUACUUACUUAGAUUGGCCGGGAUACGUGUCUUGGCCACAGAGCUGCUUCUCAGUGCUAUGAGAUCAGGCUUUUGAGGUUCAUUUCAUUUUAAUUUGUUUCUGUUGUUUCGCGACUGUAUGUGAAGCCUUGUUGUAUUACUGUAUUAAUUACCCUGGUCAUUACGAUGCACUUAGUGUACAGACGCAAAUGGAGACAUCGGUCUGUUUUACAACUGGAAAGUUUAUACAUAUCAUAUGUAGUUUCAGCUCAAAUAAGUGCCUCUUGUAGUAACAUGUAAACCUUGUAUUUUUAUAUAUAUGUAAAGUAUAACCUUUCCAGUUUAAAGCCUCUUGUAAUGUAUUAACAUACUGCCUAUUCACAGAUGUUCACGCCAAACGUAUGCCACUAUUUGUAACUUAUUAAAUAUGUGCUUCUUGACUCGUAAAUGGUCAGUGUUUCGCCGUGCUUCCUCAUGCGGCAGUCGCCGAUUGUUUGCUGAAAGUCCCACAAGCCCUUUCUGCCGAUCGCCUCACUUCCUGUCACAUGAUUUUGGGUGUUCCUGUAGUCAGGAUUUGUUGGGAAGGCCAUAGUUAUCUUUGGAUCCUCUCAGGCCUGUUGCCAUGGCUGUUUUAAGGCUUAGCCCCGCCCCCUUUUAUAAAUCUCUAGUGGGGCACCUGGAUCCCAUUAAUGGACCUUUCACACCAAUUCUCAUUUUUGCCCCCCCACCUAAGAGAUAUUCCUAAGUACCUAUUCCAGUACCGUCCAUAUUCCUGGGUAUUUGUUUUUCCUUGAAUUCUGACAGAGUCCACUUUCAUAAAUGAGACCUAAUUAGCCGGACCCGUUACAGUCUCUAGCAGGAACUGCUGCUCUUUACAAAGGGAGCGCACACUAGAUCUUAAAUGGCCGCUGCAUUUAAAAGAAGAAAAAAACCAUGUGGAUGGUCUGUAGAACCACGUGACCCGCCUGUCUUUAAUCGGCCCUAUUGUUUGAGCACAUCGCAUUUCAUUGGUCAGCUCGCAGCAUCAGGCUUGGGCCCGCAGGGGAUUCUGGGAUGUAUCUCUCCCCCCUUAGAGAGUAACUCUAAGUUGACUGGGAAGCUCCCUGUUACUGUAUUGCAGUAUUUUUCCGUGUUAUUUGUCUUGCAUCCACAGUUGUAGAAACAUCUGGAGAUGUACUUAAAGUCGAGUGGGCUUGUUUCGUUGUGGGUGGAAAUAUUUAAAUACGGAUUUCCUCAUGAAAAUGGUAGCAGAGUGGUCUUCCUGAUGAUACCAGUAUAUUACUGGUAAUAUUGCAUUCAGGUUAUAUUUAUGUGUUUCAGUAUUGGCAAAAAUAAAGCGAUUUUGGGGGGGGGGAUUGAUGAAAUGUUUUAUUCCCCAUUUUAUUUGCUCAAAACAAUCUGAUUUUUCCAAAGUGUACAAUGUCAAUGUUAAUUAAAAAAAAAAACAGUGGAACUCAUAGA